CAAUAAUCACCCAUAGCAACAACAGCAUCAAUGGCAGCAGCAUCCCCUGUUUCCUCCGAUUAGGGUUUCGUGCUUUUCCUCUUAUUCCAAUCACGCUCCACCCUGGCGAUCCUCCUCGUAGGGUUUGCUCAGCCAUAGCCAUGGUCAUCUGCACAGGCUGGUCGUCGUUACGCUUGCCUCAAUCCGCGUCCCGGAGCAUUGCGUGGCGUGGACGUUACGUCACGUUGUAAGACUCGCGAAAAUUUGUGUCGCGUGACUGCUUCUUCGGUGAGUCGAUGAUUUUGACGCAGUCCUCGGGUUUCUUAUAACCUGAUGUGGACGGGUUACAGGUUGUGGAGCGCCGGGAGGAGCACGGCCUGAUGUCCAAACAUCGAAUUCAUUCUGUCAGACCUAAGUUGCGAUCCACCUUAAGUACAGAUUCUCCUUGCUACCAACUUUUAAAAGGUUAUAAGCUGCAUUACUUCGGGUAUUGAGGAGUGGGUGCCUGUGGUCUUAGAGGAUUAAGGCAAAGCCAGUGUGAUCAACGAAGAAGGGCGAUGAAUUCAGCAGGGGCUUUGCGGAGAAGAAUACACCAUGAAGAUGUUGGAGGCAGAAAGUAUGAUCGGGAGUCGUCGUCCGCUGUCGAGGGUUUGAAUGAGCCUCUUCUAGGUAAUCACAGCAGUGAUGAUGAUGACGAUCGGGAUUGGAGGGACAAGAAGAGAAGAGAAGAUCAAGUGUGGACACACAAUGUCUCUAAAUUGCUUGCACAGUGGGCCCAAUGGUUCUCUAUCGUUGUGCUAGCAGGUGGUUUCCGGGUAGGCAACAAUCUAUUCAUGGCUGUACUUGGUCGUCAAUUUCAUGGUGGCGGUGGUGAUAAGCCCGAUUAUUACCUCUCUCCUGUUCAGGUCGGACGGUUAGAGAAACUUCAGCAACGGCUUGCCGUACCUUUCGACGGAACUUUGCCGCAGCAUCAGGAUGCUUUGAAAGCCCUCUGGCAGGCAUCGUUUCCAGAAAGAGCCAUGCCAGGACUAGUGUCGCCACAGUGGAAGGAUAUGGGUUGGCAAGGCAAUGAUCCUUCCACUGACUUCAGAGGAGGAGGAUUUAUUUCACUGGAGAACUUACUCUUCUUUGCUCGCAGAUUUCCAGCUGUGUUUCAGAGGUUGUUGCACAAGGAAGAAGGAAAGAGAGCUGAAUGGGAAUAUCCAUUUGCAGUCGGGGGACUCAACAUUACAUUCAUGCUCAUACAACUGCUAGAUCUACGUGCAGCAAAGCCCAAUUCGUCUUCUGCGGCAUCAUUCUUUAAUAUUCUGGCCACUGAUGAAAAUGCUUUCGAUAUGCUAUAUUGUGUAGCAUUUCAGCUGCUGGAUGCACAAUGGUUAGCAUUAGGGGCCUCUUACAUGGAGUUCAACGUUGUUCUGCAAGCAACUCGCUCACAGCUUGAGAAGGAAUUGGCAUUGGAUGACGUAGAUCGUGUUGAAGACCUCCCAUCUUACGUUGCCCUUGUGAAUUCCACCUGAUUUCGCUAUGUAGAUUCUACAUCAUGUGAUACUAUUCAAGACAUUGUAACAUUGCAUUUCUUACCCGAUCCAAAGGUCCAUUUUUGGACUUUCUUUUCUUUGGAUCGAAGACUACUGAGGUAUCGAUAAUUUUUCAGAAAUAUCCUCAAUUCUCUUUUCUCUUCCAAAUCCUUUGCUUGUUGCUUGAAAAGUAGGUUUAUUAUAUUUUGCUCUUUUCAACCUUA